GAUCAUUUCUUCUAAGUGUCCUAUCGAGCAAAGAAGCAACUCAUCAGAAUGAUGCCUGGAGGCUUGUCACGGGCCAGAUCUGCCACACCAGAAAUCCAGGAGAUUGCUGAUAAGGUUAAGUCACUGCUUGAAGAGAAAACCAAUGAGAAAUAUGAAGUGUUCAAAGCUGUUGAGUAUAAAUCUCAAGUCGUCGCUGGACAAAAUUACUUCAUUAAGAUGGAUGUUGGUGGUGGUUGUUUCCUCCACAUAAAGGUCUUCAAAGGGAUUUCUGGAGAAAAUGUUUUAGAACUUCAUGGUUACCAGACUAACAAAACCAGGAAAGACGAGCUGUCCUACUUCUAAGCAGCAAAUUCUAAAGUGACCUGAUUCUUCUUGUAAACAAAUUUAGCCUUCAAUAAAGAAAUAUUCUUGAAA